AUGAGAGUGAUUUUCACUGAAGAAAUAACCAUGGAGAUGGGAUAUCCAAUCUCAUCUCUGUCAUCUCAUCAGGAUGUGAAUGAUUCUGCAGGAUGCUCAGAAAUACCUAAAGCCUUGGAAGAAUAUUACCUUACUACCAUGUAUGCCGUUGAGUUCAUAUUUGGCAUAAUUGGUAACAGCAUUGUUGUUUUUGGCUACAUUUUCUGCCUCAAAACUUGGAAAAGUUGCAACAUCUACCUGUUCAACCUAACAUUGUCAGACUUUGCAUUCCUAUGCACACUUCCAUGGCUGGUGUCAAGUUACUCCAAUGGAACAUGGCUCUAUGAGAAUACUUGGUGCCAGGCUAAUAGGUUUCUCCUACAUGGCAAUUUAUACACAAGCAUCCUUUUCCUUACCUUCAUCAGCAUUGACAGAUACCUGCUCAUGAAAUAUCCCUUCAGAAAUCACUUUCUGCAGAAGAGAAGCAUGGCCAUUGUUGUCUCAAUUGCUAUUUGGGUCUUGGUCAUAUUGGAACUGUCACCCAUGUUCAUCUUCAUCAGGGUUCAGAAUACAAGAAAAACCCAAAGUCUCUGUAUGGAUUAUGCAAAUUCAGGAGAUGCUGUCCAAAGUCUAAUCUACAGUAUGAUUUUGACAGUUGUUGGUUUUUUAAUCCCUCUAUACAUCAUGUGUUUUUUUUACAUGAAGACGCAUGCCUUCCUUAAAAGACACAGGUCACAAUUCACUGCUAGCCUGACACUUGAGAAACCUCUCACCUUAGUCAUUAUGGCUGUGGGUAUCUUUUCACUCCUCUUCACUCCCUACCACAUUAUGCGCAAUAUCAGGAUUGCAUCCCGGACUCCAUUUUGGAAGCUUUCCCCUUGUUCAAAGGAUAUUAUCAAUGUUGUUUACAUUUUUACAAGACCUAUUGCCUUUUCCAACAGUGUCAUUGACCCCAUCUUUUAUUUCUUAAUGGGAGAUCACUUUAGGGAGAUGUUGAUGAGUAAAAUACAGCGUUUCUUUAAAAGGAGUACAAUUUGCUGUGAAUGUUCCUCUCAGACAAAUGGAAAUCGCACAGAAGGUUGA